AUGAAUGGAAACAACGGCAACCAGGCCCUGCUGCCAAACUCCACCACACCGUCUCCUGCCCCUGGGAACGGGAAUGAGGGGCAGAGUCAGGCCCCUCAGGCCCUGGAGGUGGUGCCAGAGGAGGUGGAGGAGAGUCUGACAGGGGUGCUGGAGCGUGUGCCCUCAUCCUCCUCUAUCCACAAUGGAGACAUGGAGAAGAUCCUGCUGGACGCCCAGCACGAGCCCAGCCAGAGCAGCUCCUCCUGCGACAGUCCUCACCGACCUCCCAGUCCGGAUCAGGAUGACGGCCAAAUCACCUUUGAUGUGGAGAUGUCCAGUCGGAGAGGGAGUCAGUCGGAGGAGGAAGGCCCAGAGAAAGACCGAGAAGAUGAUAUCCUGAUGAACAAGGGUGCAGACUGGGUUGCAGAUUGGUCCAGUCGGCCCGAAAAUGUUCCACCCAAGGUGUUCCACUUCCGGCACCCCAGACGCUCAGUAUCCCUCAGCAUGAGAAAUAGUGGAGCCAUGAAGAAAGGGGGUGUCUUCUCUGCUGACUUCCUCAAAGUCUUCAUCCCUUCCUUACUCCUAUCUCACAUCCUUGCCCUCGGCAUCGGGUGA